AUGGCUAUUCCAUUUCUUGGUAGAUUGGCCAUAACUGAGUGGCCCAUUAUUAUUGUAUCUAUCACUUUGGCAUGGUUUGAAUAUUUGGUCUCCAUCAUUUCGUUAUUGCUCCCUGCUCCAAUAAUUGACAUGUUCACGUUAGGUGUGAAAACAGUGUACAGCUUUGGUUCUGACCCAAUUAAGAUUGUUGGCAGCGAGGCUACUGCUGAACACAGUGUCGAGUCCUAUCGCUACAUGAACCAUCUUAGUAAAAAAGCAGACGAAAAGGAUGACGAGCGUAUCAUUGACUUUGAGGUUGACAAGUACCACUUGAUGAUCGAUAUCUUGAACAGCCCAGACUUCCAAACGACGUGUUCCUUCUUCGGUUACGACGUAGAAUCUCACAUUAUAAGGACGAAGGAUAACUACCUACUCACCGCUCAUAGAAUUGUGAGGCCUGGGAGCCAUAUUGCCAGAAACGGUAAAGUCGUCUAUUUGCAUCAUGGUUUGCUCAUGAGCAGUGAAAUUUGGGUUACUAUGCUUGAGAGGCACCUCAACCUACCCUUUUUAUUGUACGACUUGGGGUACGAUGUAUGGUUGGGGAACAAUAGAGGAAACAAAUACUCGCAGAAGCACUUAUUCUUAAAGACGAAUUCCGAAAAGUUUUGGGAUUUUUCGUUAGACGAAUUUGCUCUUUUCGAUAUACCAAACACUAUUGAUUACAUCUUGAAUGAAACCAAGGUUAAAAAAUUAACAUAUAUUGGAUUUUCCCAAGGGUCUGCACAGGCGUUUGCAUCUAUUUCAGUUAACUCUGAUUUGAAGGAUAAAAUCGACCAAAUGAUUGCAAUCUCUCCAGCUACGACACCUCACGGACUCUAUUCUAAAUUCUUGGAUAUCUUGUUGAAGGCAUCGCCUUCUCUAGUAUAUCUUUUGUUUCUGAGGAAAGUUUUGAUGCCAUCCGUACUUCUUUGGCAACAGUUGAUGUAUCCCCCAUUUUUCGAUACAAUGAUAGACCUUUCCAAUUAUAUGUUGUUUAACUGGAGACUGAAAAAUAUCACCAAGAUGCAGAAGUUGGCAUCGUAUUCUCAUUUAUAUUCAACCACUUCGGUGAAAUGUGUGGUUCAUUGGUUCCAAGUUAUUUCAUCUAAAAAGUUCCAAAUGUUCAAAGAUUCCAACAGUACCAUUUCUGGAUUGAACCCCAUCUAUUACCCAUUGAAAAAUAUAAAAGUACCAAUCCAUAUUAUUUAUGGGGACCUGGACUCCUUAGUUGACAUCGAUGUCAUGAAGAACCAGUUGCCGCUCGGGACAACAACUACUCGCUCCGUCGCUCAGCAUGAGCAUUUGGAUAACCUUUGGGGCUUCGAUGUCAAAGAAUUGGUAUUUAAGCAUGUACUCACGUAUCUUGGAGAAGGUGGGCCAGUUAAGCUGUUGUCUCCAUCGAAUGUUAAAAGUGCUAAUUCAUAUCUACAAUUUGAAAAGGAUAGAAGCGGGCUGUUUGACGAAAGUUUUGACGGAGAAGAAACUAUUCACGAUGGGAAGGGCAUAAUAUCAAACGGAGAAUUUAAGAUCAACCAAAGAAAGCCUUCUACAGGAGGAUCAGUGUUUGUAUAG